AUGGAGCGCCGUCCAGUUGGCCGACCGAGGGGAUCAGGUCCAAAGCAACGAGCUCGAGAAGCAGUUGCAAAUGGAGGUGUUGUAAAGGCUUCAAAGAGGCCUGUUGGACGGCCGCGAACAGUUGUGCCUCCGGUUUCAAUUGAAUUGGGAAGCAUGAUUAUUGCAGGCAAUACGAGUGCGACACGGCCGGCCAAUAUUCAACGUGAAUUCUCUGUAUCAGACCUAUCAAACAUGCACAUAUCUAACGACUCUGACAACCCAACAACUGGCCACACCAGAAGCCCACAUACUGUUGUUCUACCUUCGUCAACAUCACACGAUCCGCCAAACUUGCUAUCUCAGCAUUCAACAUCAAACAUUCAAAUUAUACCUGAAGAAAAUCCUUCGAGAGCAGUUGAUUGGGGUGAUGAAGAUGAGGAUGAAGUAGACCUUGAAUGUUUGGGCGAGGGAAUUGGUCAGGAGUUUGAGUUUGCUCAGAACGAAGAUGAGCGGGGUGACGAGGUGGAUCCUCUUGAUCAAAACAGCGAGUUACAAGAGUCUUCUUGUGUAGAUUGUGCCCCACCUGCAUGGCUUCAAAAAGCCUUCAAUUCUAAGAUUUCCGAGUCGUCGUCUGAAAAUCGUGAUGAAAAUGGCCUCCCCCUGCUAUAUGCAAAACAUCGUACAAUUUGGUUUCCCCAACCGUCCCCCUACUUUCUAUUAUUGCAAAAUGAACCCUCGCCAUCAAAGCUCUUUAAUCCUCGGAUGUGCUUGUGGGAUCCACGAGCAUUAUUUAGAAUUGGCUGUCCAAAGUGCAAGUUUCCGUUACGACGACACGGGCAUAUUUCCCGUCCUCGUCGGGUUGUCGAUAUCGACUCUGAGUUCUACAUUAUUGGCUUCCGCUAUAGGUGCGGCGUAUGCAUUCAUCCUGUAUCAGGAAAGCACACUGUCACUUUCAACUCUUGGGAUAGUCGAAUCCUUUCAAUGCUUCCUCAAGAUCUUGCAGCAGAAUUUCCCGCCAUUCUCAGUCAUCGUAGUGCGAUAUCAAAGCCUCUCUUUGAAAUUGUACGGUCUGGCUUUCAAAAUGGCAUGGCAGCCAAACAAAUAUCAGACACCAUCCGGAUUCAUCAUUUAUUGAAGUACGACACGUGUCAGGGUUUCUCCAGUUUCCCCUCUUUAUCUUCACAGAAUUAUCUUAUUCUUUCAUUAUCUUAUCAAUUAUCUGAUUAG